CAACUCAGUCACACACUUUAUUCACUGGCAGUAACAUUACCUGUUCAUUUUUAAAAGAAAAAACAAAAAAAAUAAAAAAGUUAUUGAUGCGGUGGAAUUUCUUUGGUCAAUCAUUGUCAUCUGCCAACAGAAUAACAAUGAUUGUAACCGUAAUAAUAUUUAUUCUCGUUGGUACAAUAUCAAGUCAUGAUUGUAACAAUACUUUAGAAAAUUUAAAGUUAAAUCCAAUCAACAUUGAAUCAUCAGAAAUCGCUGAUACAGUUAAACCAGAAACAUCAUCAUCACCCGAUGAAGAAAAAAAGUCAUUAGAUCUAUCUGAUUUAGUUGAAAAAUUUGAUGAUGAAGACUCAAUUAUUCCCAGUAACGUUGAGCACAUAAAUUCUCGUGAAAAUAAUAAUAAAUCUGUUGAUAAUAAAAUUAAUAACAAUGACGAAAAACUGGAAGAUCCAGAUCAAUUAUUCAAAAGUUUUUCUCGUGGUAUUGGUGAAGAAAAAAUUGGAAAAUACGUGAGUUAUGAUUCAGAUGAUCCUGAAGCUGAAAGAUAUGCACCAACACCAGAUAUGAAUAGAAAUACAAUGGGUGUUAUUGAUGAAGCAAGAUGGAAAAAAAUACGUUCUGAAAUGAUGUACUGGUAUUUUGAUAAAGGUGGUGACAAUGGAAAUGGAGAUUAUCAGACAGACGUUCAUUCAUCCAUGCCCCAGAUUCACAAGAAUUUAAAUUUUCAAUUACCAUUUUUCGGCUUUCGUUAUAAUUAUACACGGAUUUCCAUGAAUGGAUAUUUAGAAUUCAGUGAUCCCCCAGAUCAUUAUACAUAUCCACUUGUAUUUCCAGUAAAAGAUUGGCCAAAAAAAAAUGACCCAGCAUUCAUUGGAAUAUUUUUUAGUAAAUGUAGAAUUGGUUCACUCAGACCAACUGAUCAGGAUCAACGACGACCAGGUGUUUAUUUCAGAAUGGAGAGAGACUUGCAAAAACGAACUGAUCAAUUUGGUGUUGAAAUGCGUGAACGUGUUAAAUGGGAUAUACGUGAGGCUGUUGUUGGUUCAAAUACAUUUGAGCCAAAACAUGCUGUUAUUAUUACCUGGAAAAAUAUGUCAUUUGCUGGUGGUAUUGAUAAUUCACUCUACAAGACAAAUACAUUUCAAAUGGUUUUAGCAACUGAUGAAGUAUUUACUUAUGCAAUAUUUAAUUAUUUAAAUAUACAAUGGACAUCACAUACUGAAGCUGGUGGUGAUACAACUGGUGGAGAGGGUGGAGUUCCAGCUUAUAUUGGAUUCAAUGCUGGAAAUGGUACACAAAGUUAUGAGUACAAACCAUACUCUCAAAUGUCAACUCUUCGUGAUUUAACUGGACGUGGUUGGGCAAAUGGUUUUAAGGGACGUCAUAUAUUUAGAAUUGAUGAAAAAAUAAUGCUGGGAACAUGCAAUAAAGAUAUUGCUGGAGCACAUUUACCACUUGUUUUUGCUCCUGAAAGUGGUAACAUGUUGGGUGGCACUGUUGUCAAUAUAACUGGACCAUGCUUUGAACCAAAUGACAAGGUCAGAUGUCGAUUUGAUACGGAAGAAGUUGUUGGUACUGUUAUUGAUACAAAUCGUGCAAUUUGCAUACAGCCAUUUGUUAAAGCUGAAGGAUAUAUCAGAUUUGCAAUUGCAAUAAAUAGUGGACGUUAUGAUUGGAAAGGAAAAUAUUUUAUUGAAACACCAGCAACAGCAACUGAAAAAAUAUUUUUUUCAACAAGAGCAGUUCAUGAACGUGAUCCUCGUGAAAUAAAAAUAACUUGGGAUGCAUAUAAUUUAACAAGUAAUUUACUUGCUGGUAUUCAAAUAUCAAUUUGGGGAUAUCGUGAGACAACAAUUCGUCCAGAAUUUCAAUAUAUUGAUACCCUUACAAAAGAUAUACCAAAUGCUGGAGAAUAUAUAAUUGUACCUGCCUCAUAUAGAAAUCGUGAAUCUGAAUUUCAAUAUGACAUGCAAUUUGGUUUUAUACAAAUAAAUUUAACAGAACCAGCACUUUAUUCUGGACUAUCAAUAACUCCAACACUGUGGAGUCGACCAAUACCAUUAGCAUGGUAUUUUGGUCCUCAAUGGGAACGUAGAUAUGGAUCAAAAUGGCCACAAAAAUUAUGUGACAAAUGGAUUAUGAAUGAUAGAUAUUUAAAAAAUUUUGCUGCUGAAGUAGCUCAAUGCCCAUGUAAACUCGAGCAUGCAUUAUAUGACAAGGGACGUUUUUUACCAGAUUAUGAUUGUGAUAAAGAUUCAAAUCCUGAUUGUUAUUACAACAGUGGAGCAAUCCAUUGUGUAAAAACUGGUGCACCAAACUUGGAUGGAUCAGAGCAACAAUGUUGUUAUGAUAAAAAUGAAUAUUUAAUGUUGAGUUAUGAUCAACAAUGGGGUUCAAGACCUCAUAGAUCUCACAAUCUUGGCUAUUUACCUUGGAGUGAAGCAAAUAAAGUACCAUCAUUAUCAAACUGGUAUCAUGAUACAAUACCAAUGUAUUUUUGUUGUUUAUGGCAAGAUGAACAAGCUGUUGGAUGUGAAACAUUUAGAUUUGAAAGACGACCAUCACAAGAUUGUGUUGCAUAUCAAUCACCAGCAGUUGCUGCUAUUUUUGGUGAUCCUCAUAUUGUUACAUUUGAUGAUCUUGCUUAUACAUUCAAUGGAAAAGGUGAAUUUGUAUUGGUUCGUGUUGAUACUCAAAAAGAUAAAUUAGAUGUUCAAGGAAGAUUUGAACAAGUUGGAAAUAAUUUUUAUGGUGAAGUUCGUGGUACUCAAUUGACAUCAAUCGUUGCACGUGGUAAUAAUUCAGCGACAAUUGAAGUACGAGUAAGACCACCAAUAGCACAGUGGAGAUAUCGACUUGAUGUAUUUGCCGAUGGAAAACGUGUUUAUUUCGAUAGAACAUCUUUAAAAUUUCAGCAUUUUCCAGGUGUUGUGGUUUAUACACCAACGUAUAUUUUAAAUCAAAGUGAAAUUGUCAUUAUGUUUGAUACUGGUGCUGGUGUUGAGGUUGUUGAAAAUCAAGGAUUCAUGACAGCUCGUGUUUAUUUGCCAUGGACAUAUAUUAACAAAACAAAAGGACUAUUUGGUAAAUGGAAUAAUGACAAAGUUGAUGAUUUUAUGCUACCUGAUGGACGUCAAAUUGCAUUGCCAACAUUUAAUAAUUUCGAAUCAACUCACAAAGAUUUUGCAAUACAUUGGCUACUUGAAGACAAAGAAAAUAGAUACAAAGGUGCUGCAUUAUUUACACGUGAAUUUGGAAGAACAGCUAGUUAUUAUUCAAAUAUAACUUUUGAACCAGAAUGGAGAAAAUCACCUCAAGAUAUAUUACCACCAAAUCGAACUGUCGAUAUACUGAGAGCUGAAGAACUCUGUGGUGAAUCAUAUCAAUGUCAGUAUGAUUAUGCACUGACUUUAAAUCGAGACUUGGCACAUUUUACUAAAAAUUAUCACGACUCAUUGUCACAAAUCAAGGCAAUUAAUUCCAGAAGAACAUCAACUUGUGGUAUUCUUGAAACUCCAAGAUUUGGACGUAAGAGUAAUUUUUUAUUUGUACCUGGUACUAAAGUUACAUUUGAAUGUAAUCAAGAUUUUGUAUUAAUUGGUGAUCAACGACGUACAUGUAUGCCUGAUGGUCGAUGGGAUGUACCAGAAUACGGUUACACUGAGUGUUUACGACAGGUCGAGUAUUCACAAAGGACAGCUUGGUCAACAAUUCGUAUCAUGGGUGCAAUAAUAAUUCCAGCAAUAAUUUUAAUUGCAAUUGGUUUUAUGUGUGCACGUCAAAAUCGUGAUGAUAAUAAUCCAGCAAGAUCAUGGAGAUAUUCGGAACGUAGUUCUGGUGUAUACAAUGAUUUAUCACUACCACGUCAAGAAACACCAUCAAAAAUAUCUGAUAUACAAAUGUCACCAUCAAGUGAAUCAAGUUUAAGUGGUAUUGGCACAAAACGUCGUUUGUAUGAUAAAGUAUAUCGUACACAUGAGCCAUUACCAAAUAAACCAAAUGUUGAAUUUGAAGAUAAAGAUUGGGAUCUCAAAGAACCACUAUCACUUGAUGAUUCUGAUACAACUAAUUCAAUUAAACGAUUAGAUACUCAACAGAGUAAAGAGAGCAAUGUUUAGACAAUUAAUUAUAUCGAAAAAAAAAAAAACUUUAUUUUAUUUUUAAAUACUAUUUUCAAUCUGGUUCAAGUUUAUUAAUUUUGUCUAGUUAUUAUUAUUAUUUUAUAAAUAUUAACAGUAACAUUUAAUUAUCGAAAAUAUUUAUAAGAAAAUUUUUUAUAACAUCAAUUUUUUUGUGGAAUAGAAAAUACUAUGCAUUGCUUUACAGUGAAUUAAUUAUUAAUAAAAAGAAAUAUUUAUAAUUUUAUUACAAACUUUAAAAUAAAAAAAAAAAUUGUAUAACUUGUGUUUUAUUAAUUUAAUAAACAUCUAUUUGUAAAUUAAAUUUGAAUAAACAAAAAUUUUUUCUACUGCAAAAAA